CGUUCUGCAACCAUGGCCGACGACGAAUACGCAUACCUGCAGCCGGACUUUGAUCCAAGCUCUCUCACAGUACCCCGCCUGCGCUCCAUCCUGGUUGCCCACAAUGUCGCCUAUCCUUCAUCUGCAAAGAAGUCCGAUCUGAUUGCUAUCUUCAACUCAAACGUUGCUCCUCAGGCUAGAAAGAUACUGAACGUUCAAUCCCGUACUGUGCGCUCCGCUAGAGGCAUCGUCGACGUACCUUCUAGCCAAUCGAGCACCAACGACGAUAACGACGACGACGAGGAAGGCACCGCUGACGACAAUAUCACUGUCUCUGCAACUCCAGCAAGACGGACUACUAGGCGUGCCGUCACGCGACCAGCUGCCGAAGACAUCGUUGCCCCCACACCUCGUUCGACCAGGAGGUCAUUCGCUCCGACAAGUGCUAGACGUGCUUCCAGCAAGCAUGCUACCGUCGAGCCCGAGCCUACUCCAAGACGCGCUGUCAGGUCUUCUUUCCCGAGCGAGCCUCCACAACCCAUCUACCGUGAUCAGGGCGCAGAUUCGCCAUUCUCGAAGGACAACCCCUUCCAGAGCGGAAGCUCCCCACCAUCUGCAUACCGUCACCGUAGCAAGAGUGGAGACCGAAGACGAACCACCAUUGGGCCGUCAGCCGACAGAGAGAGAAGAAAGAGCAGAGAUGCCAGACGCAGAACCGACGGCUUCUAUCGCCAAGAAGAGGAUCUUACCGCUGUGUCGAGAACACCGGUUGCACGAGUGAAAGUUGAGCCAGAAUACGAGGAGGAGUACGAUCAAAUGGUUGCUGGUGAAGAGUUUACUCCGGAGGAACAGAACGAGCUCAUCAAGGCCCAAGAAGAAAACCCGCGCUCUGCACUCAGCCGUAUACCUCGCAAGCAAAAGCCAAGAUCCGGAGCAGCCAAGGCUGGGUUCACGACCGUCCUUUUCACCAUACUUGUUGCAAUUGCGGCUGUUUGGCGGCAGGAGAAGAUCAAGGUCGGCUUCUGUGGCAUUGGACAGCCGUCAGAAACAUUUGCUGGUGCUGAUAUUCCUGAGUGGGCUUCGUUCCUCAAGCCAGAAUGCGAGCCGUGUCCAAUGCAUGCGGAAUGUCGAGAGAACCUUCAUAUCGUUUGUGAUGAUGGGUUUGUGCCUGUCUCGCACCCUCUCGCGCUUGGUGGUCUCGUUCCUAUCCCACCUACCUGCGAGCCGGACAGUGAGAAGCUUCGCAAGAUUACGGCAUUGACAAGUCAUGCCGUCGAGACUGUCUUGCGGGAGGCAAAUGCGAAGUAUGAAUGUGGGNGGACCAAGACUCCAUACGUUACUGAGCCAGAGAUCAAGGCAACCAUUGCCGCAAAGGGAAAGAACAUGAAAGACAUCCUCGACUUGAUUGAUCAAGCAAUCGAUGAUGUCCCUAAACGUGAUGAGGUGAAGACCAAAGUCGAUCCCACAUCUCUCGCAGCCGUCAGCUUCAGAUGCGCCCUCAAACGAUCAGUUCGCCUCACGAUUAGACAGCAUCUUCGCGAACUUGUAGGUAUUCUUGUCUUGGCUGUUACGGCUGCAUAUGGUCAACGUACCAUCUCGAAACGCCGUUCUACUUCAACUCAGGCCAAGCAUUUGGCAGGUGUGGCUCUUGACAAGCUUGCCACUCAGGCAAGUCUGCAUGCUCAAGACCCCGUUGGUUAUCCCGAGCCAUUGAUUAGCAUGGUCGCACUACGUGACGACGUGCUUCGUGAUGAGUUCCGCGCACAAGAGCGCAACAGAAUCUGGACAGCCGUGCAGAAACUCGUCGAGGGUAAUGCCAACGUCAGAACCAUGGUGCGUGAGGGCCGCACGGGAGAUGUUAGCAGGAUGUGGGAAUGGAUUGGUGCAGUCUACCGCAUCGAAGGAGGUUCAGCACACCAAAGUCCAGCAGUGGGAAAGAUUACAAGCCCUGGAAGACUGGACGAUAGCAUGGCAUCUGGAAGUGGUCUAGAGAUCGAGAAGCGACGAAAUAAGCCACAAAACGAAGUGAACACCACGAGAUUAGCCAUGGCCGAGCGGAAACGACAGAUGCAAAAGACAGACACGGCGCACAAUACACCAGACACCCUUGGACAAAUGCUGAUCAAGGCGCGCUCUUCAGGUCAACGUUCCCAAGACUCGCCGCACCUACUGCAAGGGCAAGGACUGCAAGAAGCACACCCAGCACAAGGUCACCCAGUACAAGGCUGGCAAGNNGCUUCCCUCUUCGCCCAGGGUAAGCGUCGUUACGACCGUAAGCAGUCCGGUUACGGUGGUCAGACCAAGCCUGUCUUCCACAAGAAGGCCAAGACCACCAAGAAGGUUGUCCUGAGACUGGAGUGCACAGCAUGCAAGACCAAGGCACAGCUUGCGCUCAAGCGUUGCAAGCACUUCGAGCUGNGGAAGACCAAGGGUGCCGCCCUCGUCUUCUAA